AUGGAGAAGCGCGCCACUUCCACGAUGCAGGUGCUCUAUGCAGAGCUGGCCGCCGCAAAGGCGCGAAGUGCCCAGCUGGAGGAGGAGAAUAUUCUGCUGCGCCAUCGCCUGAACCGAGCCUCGACCACUCACAGCACCAAUGCCGCCAUCAAUGUGGAGGCCAAGAUCUUGGCCUUUCAGUUGGAGGAGGAACGUGAUCGCAUCGUGGAGACACUGCAGCAGCACAAAAAGAAGUACAACAAGCUGCACGAUGCCUACCUGGAGAAGGUGAAGCGUUGCCGGGCUCUGGAGGAGAUGUUCAAGCGUCAGAAGACCUUGACGGGGCUGGUGAUGAAGUCGGCUCUGGAUCAGCGCAAUGCAGAGCAACGCAUGAUGUUGGAGAAGCGUCAAUCUGCCCAAAACCAUAGCAAUGAACUGGAGGAUCUAAAGGUUAAAGUGGAGAAGCUGCAAAGAGCCCUGGAUGAGUCGUAUGAUAUCAUAGAUGAAAUGGACUUUGAACUGGAGAGCGUGGAACUGUUGGAAAUGCAAAACCAAAGCCUGCGCGAUGAAUUGGCUGCCUUGAAGUUAAAUUCUGCAGAAGGAGCUACUAGUUUGGCAUCAUCAGUUCCUAAUGAUGAUGAUCCGCCGCCCAAGUACGAAGAAGAUUGCCCCAAAGCUCGCUAUGCCAGACAGAUCUCCUCCAGCAGUGAGUCUGGACCCAAAGAGGACGAUGCCGAUGCCGAGACCAUGGAAAGAGCUGCCCUCACACACAGUCUCAUCCAAACGGUGGAGACGGAAAGCAAUGCCCUGAGGCGAGAGCUGCUUAGAUCCCGCUGCCAGAGAACCAUUCGUGGCAAGCUGGAAAAGGAGAGCGAGCCUGCUGACUAGGAUCACUCGAAAGGAGUCCCUAAAGAAAUCCCCGUAACAUACAGAACCCAUAGAUAAACUUAGGCUGAUGAAACCCAACGUCCAACUUACGCACAACCCACAAUCAAAGUCCAAGUCGAACACCCCGCUGUCUGUCUGGUCUUAGUCUUAGUCUACGUCUUAGUGGCUUGGUCUAAACUAACCCAGUUUCGGAGCCAGCUACGCCUAACAAGUGCACAUACCAGAGAUUGCUUUUAAGGUUCGAGAAACACGCUCGCCGGCUGCGUUAAAUCAAAACUUCUCAGAUAGAGUAACCUGAUUUUUCGGCGGCUGCAAAGGAAACUCGUCUGUCUAAUGGCUAACGAUUAAUUAAAAUAUUUGUUAAUUGCAUGGUGGCAAAAGGAUCUGAAGGUUU